AUUGGGUAACCAUCUGCUGUCAACAAAAAAGGAAUUUUGCGACUGACCAAUUGCUCUAGUCGUGGUAGAAAAUUUCAUCGUCCUAAUCGAUUGUCCGGAACCGCAGUAAUGUUGCGCUUGUUCGCUAACACCCUGCGACUCGGGGCCACCCGGCCUCUGAGCACGUCAACGGUGAAACUGAGCGACAACUUGUUCGUGCAUCGUGAUACGCCCGAGGAUAAUCCGAGCAUUCCGUUCGAGUUUACUGCAGAUAAUCAGAAGAGAGCCGAGGCCAUUUUGAACAUCUAUCCAGAGGGACACAAACGAGGUGCCAUGAUUCCGCUGCUGGACCUUGCCCAACGGCAGCACGGUUGGUUGCCAAUCUCGGCCAUGCACAAGGUAGCCGAUAUCCUGGGCCUGCCCCACAUGCGAGUGUACGAAGUGGCCACAUUCUACACAAUGUUUAUGCGAAAACCGACCGGAAAGUAUCACAUCCAGGUGUGCACUACCACCCCGUGUUGGUUGCUGGGAUCCGACGAAGUGCUAGAAUGUUGCAAGAAAAACCUGGGAAUUGGUGUUGGCGAAACUACUAAAGAUGGUAAAUUUACAAUCUCGGAAGUGGAGUGUCUGGGUGCUUGCGUAAAUGCUCCGAUGCUGGCAGUGAACGAUGAUUAUUACGAGGAUUUAAGUGUAGCUGAUACGGAAGAAAUUUUGAAUAGUCUCAAACAGGGACAGCAGCCUCGCCCGGGACCACGUAAUGGACGAUUUGCCUCCGAACCAGUGGGUCAGCUGACCUCGCUUACCGAGGAACCGAAAGGCCCUGGUUUUGGGCUGCAGGCAGGACUGUAGAUUUGCUAAUCGUUAUUCUAUCGCGUCCUAGUUGAAGGAAUAAAAACUCAAAAACCAAUCACCUGCUGUGUAAAAUAUAUCAGUUACAGUAAGGUAUAGUUU